AUGAAUACUGAUAGCAGUGAUCAAAUGUUUUAUAAUUUUCGUUUACGUAGAAUUGUGAAAGAAAAUCAUGGGAAAAACAUAAAUCAAAUAUCGCUUUUCUUUAAUUUGAACAAUUAUGAGGCACCAAUUGGUCCCGAGUAUAUAAAAAAAUAUAACAAACUUGGAUACGUUAUAAGGGAUGUAAAAGAUACUAGUAAUAUUUUGGCCACAGUUGCAGACAUUCAGGCAAGUAUAUAUGACAAUGAGCAUUGCGGUGAUCAUUUAGAUAUAAUGUCAAAUUUUGUAGCGGGGGAACAUAUAGAUCUAGAAACAAAUGAGUUAUUAACUUGUUGUUGGCUACACAGAAAAGAUGAUGCAAUCUUAGCGGUAGCAGGCACACUUGGUAAAAUAUAUUUAAUCAGCCUGGCAUUUUCUCUUACUUUUAAAACAUUAAAUGGACAUACAGGAACAAUUACUGAUCUUCGAAAAUAUCCAAAUGAUGAUCAGCAUUUAAUGUCUGCCUCGAGGGAUAAUACUGUUCGAAUAUGGCAUGUUGAUAAUGGAACAUGCCAAACUUUUUUGACAGGAAAUAAUCAAGGUGAAAUUAGAAUAUGGUAUACACCAAAUCUGACAGAAACAUCAAACAAACCUAUACAUUUAUCUAAAAAAAACAUUUAUACAAAAUUUAAAAAAAUUCAUUCAACUCAAAUAGAUGAAAUAAAAUUUGUAAAUGAUAGUGUUAUAUCUAAAUCAAUAGACAAUAAAAUAGAGCAUUGGGAUUAUGAGACAUUUAAAAUUAUAAAAACUUUUAACAUUAAAGAUAAUUGUUUUAAUAGAUGCAGAUUUGAUGUCAGUUUGGAUGGGAAGUAUAUGUGUGUUGGCACAAGUUAUGGUAGUGUAUUUAUUUAUAAUAUUACAAAAGGUAAACUGGUAACAGAAUUAAGCCAUAGAAGAUCUACAAAAGCUGUGAAAUGUUGUUUAUUCACAAGAGACUAUAAACAAAUAAUUGCAGCUGGGCAAGAGGGGUUUAUUUGCAGGUAUGAUUAUAUUAGUGAUAAGACUUUAGCUGAAUGGGAUGAAUGGAUUAGUAAUAUUUUAAAGAUUAAUCCAAUAUUUCAUACAAAUGCCUUUAUUAAACAAAUAGAUGUUAAUUUUCAAGCAACUGUGUUUCUUAGAAGACUAGCCAUUAAAGGAGAUAUUUUUACCACAUCUAGUUUGUUUGGAAUCUCAGAAGGAACUGUUAUUCUAUAUACAAAUCGUAUAAUAAAGGCUAUUUUAGUGACAAAAAAUAAUUAUGUCAAAUGGCCAGUUGAACAAUAUAGACAUGAGAUAUUAGGUGGGUUUCAACAAAUUGGUGGGUUUCCAAAUGUAAUAGGAGCAAUUGAUGGAACACACAUCAAUUUAACAAAUGCUCCUUCUAAAGACCCAGAAGUUUUUUUUAAUCGUAAAAAAAGAUACUCAAUACAAUGCCAGGCUAUAGUUGACUAUAGAGGAAUAUUCACCAAUUAUUUAAUUGGCUGGCCAGGCAUUUCUCAAACCUCUACACAAAUUCAAUUUAAUCAACUUCACUCUAAACAUAGAAUAGUUGUAGAGCAUGCAUUUGGCAGACUUAAAUCUAGAUUUGUUGCACUAAGAGAAUUAAAUGUUAAAAGUAUCAAAAUGGCUGUUAGAUUGACAGAAUGUGCUAUAAUCUUGCAUAAUUUUUUAGAGUUAAAUGGGGAAAUUUGGGAUGAAGGAGCAGAUGUGAAUGAUUAUAAUGACAAUGAUGCAAACUUGGUCAUGGAAUGUGAAAGUGAAUUGGGGUUGAAAAGAGCAGGAGAAGAAAAAAGAAAUCAAUUAAUUAAUUUUCUAAGAAUUUAA